AUGAUCCUCUGGCAAGAGGAGGUUUCAAGCGGACAUGGAGCCUGCAGACGUGAAUCCUCGCUUGCAGGCGCAGUAUGUUCUCAAAACCUGCAUUCAAUCCAUGCGAGCACUGUCAGUAUUCCAGUGCUGGCAUGCUCCAAAUUUGAAUCUAUUUUUCUGCCACGUCUCACCUUUGUGAUCGGCAAGUUCGGCAAUUCUUUUACUUCCCUCCGGAGGCAUUUGGUGUUUGCGCGGAUCCAAACCAACUUGCGCGGCAUGUGCAUUUGCAAGUUAGGAGGGGAUCCCAGACUGUGCCAACCAGCCGUCAGUGGCUCCCAGGGCUUCGGUUGCUCUGCUCACGCGUGGCGGACAUUAGCCAUGUCGCCGCCGGAUGUUCUCAUACCCGAGUACAACGACAAGGCCCUCUUCUUGCUGCUGUCUUCCCUGGAUGGUGAUGCGCCAUCUUCCUUGCCCCCAGGCUGGGACAAGGUGAGCGCCUUCCAGCGCUUGUCCGCGCACCUGCAGUUGAUCGACUCGGAGAUCACCAGAAAGCUGAAAGGGCUCGAGGAUCUCAACUCCCACCUCGCCGCCCUCUCCGGACAGGACCCGAAGCCAGCGGCUGCCAGCGCAGGUCGGUGCGCACCCUGCGAGGCGGAACUGACGGCGAGGGGCUGUUCGGCCGGCAGUCAGACACAGACUCAGACAGGCCCACCAAGUGAUGCAUACACUCCAAGAGUGGCUAUGGCCCCAACGGGGACACCAACGGCGCAGGCGCAGCGGAGCUGGGCUGCCAGCCCCACCCCGACCUUGCAACGUCUGGCAUCUGCACCUGCGGGCUGGAAAGGAGCCCGGGUCUACCAGAUGACGGGCACGGCCUCUGCGGGGCACGUGGGCGUCAUGGCCCCACGGGCAGUGUCUCCCUACACGGCGCGGGCAGGCUCCGUAGGGCCCCAAGGGCCGCGUCAUCCUGCGCCGGUGCUGAUGCAAAGUGUGCAAGGAAUUUGUCCCACUCCUGGCAGCCCGCGUGUGGUGCUCACCAUGAGAGGCAGCUCCCCCGACUCCAGGACCCGUUGCGCCAGCCCUGUGGCAGGGCUUCAUCAGAUGCCGCCUACCUACACCAGACCUCCCAGGGCAGCCGCAAGCCCGGUGCCGGCGGUCAGCCAGUCUUGGCAUCCUCACAGACCACCUCCGCAAGUCAGCUCUCGCUUUGUUCUGGUGUCCACCUACGGGCAGGAGGCCCCGCGCAUGGAGAGGUGCGCCACGCCGCGGCGGGUGCCUUCGAGGCCACCGGCCGCAGGUGCAAGCCCUGGCAGGCCUGCAUACUUGCAGCGCGUUCACACGCCUCGUACGUGA